GAAAGACGGAGACGAGAGAUCGCUCAUGCGAUUCUCGGCUGCGCUCGGCGCACUUUCACUCAAGUUGACUUCGACUUGAGCCGCGCGCGAUUUCGGCGGCGGUGAAUCGCAACAGAUUUCGCGCGUGCAAUCAACGACACAGAACUGAUAAAAGUAACGUAUCACGAUUGUAGCGACAGGAAGCGGGAGGCGCGUAAGCCGCGCGCGAACGUCUCACGAAUCGAGGAGCGAUCUCUCGGCGUCGCGUUUGUGUUGCGUCUUCUGCUGCUGUACGCGGUGAGGUAGGGGGGAUUGACAGGCGGCCAUGUUUGGUAGCGGUGACCGCACGUGUUGACGCGGCCAGUUGCAGUCUCGCGGCCAGAUGGAACACGUGUAUUGAUAUUUAUGCACCCGGUGGUGUGGCGGUUUAAACUUGAGAAACGCUAAUUCUGCCUGCAGGUAUAGCGAAGGACGGCAAGGACGAAUGGGCUAAAGGUGCUUCCGAACGGGCCGACGAAGCGACGUCGCCGUCGCGACGCCACAUCUGGUGAUCCAAAGUUGGUGUAAGAUAGGAGAGGGGAGACAUCGUGGCGCUCGCGCACGCGUCUUGAUCAGUCAACCGGUGGUGAACAUCAUCUGGCCGCUCCGACUCAAACUUGGAUCAGACUCGAUUCACGGGAAUCGCAUUAUCGUCGCCGGAAUUGUCCGUGUGUCCUUCGCGGCGAGUUUGUUUACGCUGUGAUACGCCUCGUGCCAUCGGCUGGUGAUGUUGUGCGCGUCGCGUUAUAAUAGAAUUUCACCGCUUCGAACGAUCGUCUUUUCUCAGUAUUUACAGCUGUCGGUCGCGUGAAAUCGAAGUGAAGUCGCGGAAAUUUAAAUGGAUAUUUAUUUGGGCGUGCGAGUUUUAGUCUAGCGUAUAGCAGAUUUCUCGCGUGUCAUAGGACAGAGAAGUGUGACUGAUCGACAAGAACUUGUCAAAGUAUAAUUUUUGAAGUUCGUCAAGAGGAAGUAUUCGCAUGAAUAUACUAUUGAACUGACGAGGCGAAGAAGAGGGACGACAUCAAAGAGGAGGAUUUAUGGAAGAAUAAGACAUAUCGACUGCACGACUUUUAUGUCAUCGUAAAGUGAAGCGUGCACUUUUUCGCGUUUUUUAUUCGAAAUUAAUCUUUCUAUCGUGAAGAAAUUGUUAAACAGUUUUUUUCCGCGAGUUUAUUUGUAAAUAAAUCGCGCGUAAAUAUACGCGAGUGCGGUGCUCGAUUUUGAUCAUUGUUAUCAUCAUCGUUGUCGCCAACAUCACCGGAACGAUGUGUCGCAUGUGUAACGACCGUCGAGGUAGAUUAUCAUCGCGACUGUCGGCAGUGUAUUAUCGGUGGUGAAUGGAGAGAGCUAACAACAGUGGAUCAGAUCACACGAACAACUGAUGCAGUGAUGCAGUGCCGUAGUGUUAGUGACCAGUGCCACGUGCCCGUUGUUUGGAUUACUUGAAGAUGCCUUGAAGAUGUCCGGCGGCGGAUAUUAUGACGACAGGAAUCCUUUGCUCAAGGGCAACCUAUCGAGAAAAUCGCAAAUGAAGAUGGAUAAAUUAAUGGGACGACACACCGCCCAAAACCGAGCUGAAGCCGAGCUUAACGUUCACAGUGCGAACAGCAUUGAACGGGACCGGCUUCGGGAGCGAGAUCGCCAAGCCCGCGCGGCGAUGUCGGUCCAGGCGGAGCAGGCGGCUGCGGGUGGCGGUCCUGAUACGAGACAUCAUCAUCACCACCACCAUAACCACGUGCAUCACCAUCAUCCGAACCAUCAUGUCACCCCACCGAACCUCUUUCGCGCUCCCGUCAGGACGACGCCUGAUCCUGAAAUCGAAUCCAAGCUGGGCAGCUACUCGUUGGUUAAGCACUUGCUGGACGAUUCCAAGCGUCUGAUCGGUGUCGACGGCAUAUCGACGGGCAGCUCGACGUCCUCGUCGAGCGUCUCCCAUCACAGGUCCAAUUCCGGCAGCUCCUCCAGAGGCUGCUCCUCGUCCGCGGGGCAGGAGUUCAAGAAGCCCGGUGGGCCCAGGGGAUCAAACUCAGCGUCUUCCUCGUCGUCCGGCUCGUCGAGCGGAAGCCAACAACAACGAGGCGGCUUCGUUAAGCCCGCGGACAGCAAGCCGCCCUACGGCGGCCGCGGUGGCUACCCUGGUCAGCCGAUCAAGCAGCCGAUCAACAGCAACGAUCAUCGCAGGUGCUAA